AUGACUAUGACAGCCGGCGAAGAAUGCUAUGAACUGCUACAGGUGUUACGAAAACGCCUGCGAAAGAAAAUGUUAACACAGUCUGUUGCUGGGGCCAAAGUAUCCAACAAUGAUUUGAACCGAAUAUUUACGGAAGACUGGUGGCCAUUGUCAUUUCUUCUUGCAUAUCAUUAUGAUGUGGAUGUAACAUACUCGGUGAUUGUUGAGUGUCUCAAAUGGCGACGUUCCUUCUGUGUUGAUAACAUUAGUUUGCUGGAACUUAAACCAUUGUUAGAUAGAGGUUUGGCAUAUAUACAUGGCAAAGAUUGCAACGGUUCAUCAAUAUUGUGGAUAAAUAUGCGACAACACGUUAUCGGACAACAAAAUAGUGAUAAGUUAAUAAUUUAUUGGCUUGAACGACAUACAAUGGAACUGCAAGCAGCGCCGAUCACAUUGCUAUUUGACAUGUCGUUAUGCUGUUUACAAAAUAUGGAUCUGGAUUUGAUUAAAUUCAUCAUUCGUUCAUGCAAAUAUUACUAUCCAAGUUGUUUAACAUCACUGCUAAUUUUCGAAAAUCCGGGACUAUUGAAAGCAUCUUGGAUACUGCUACGUACCUGGAUGUCGCCUGAAAUGCAACGUCUUCUUCAAUAUGUCAAACGUUCUUCACUUUCAGCACAUGUACCAUUACCGUACAUUCCAAAACGUUAUGGUGGCCAGGACAAUUUUAUGUUCACGAUGGAUGAAUUGGCUAGAUGUAUACCAUUACGAUCGCCCUCGAGUGAACUUAUUUACAACCAGCAAGAUACACUUCAAAACGAUACUGCAAAUAGCGAUGUGCCGUUCAAUGAUACAACGUACUUCAAUAACUUGGGUUCCAGAAGAUCCGUCACAUUUGAGGAAGAAAACACGAGCCGAGGCACUUCAUUAACUUCCUCAUCACAACUUGUACCUUCUGCCACUAAACGAAAUGGCUUACCUCAAGCUUUACGACCUUUGGCUGAGGCACGUUUACACACUCCAAUCAAAGAUUAUGCUAAGGUCAAAUUUCUUUCUAUCUGUCCACGUGAAGAAUUGACAUUGAAUCACGUGAGUGGUGAAAACGAUAUGGCCGAUGUCAUAGUCCUGAAGAACGAAAGUAUUCGAAAUGUUGCAUAUAAAAUCAAAAUCACUUCGCCAGAGAAGUUCCGCAUACGUCCAAGUACUGGGACUGUUGCUCCCGGUGCUACUGAAUUCAUCCGAGUUUAUUUACAGCAUGAAUUCCGGAAUUCGGUUCCACACGAGAAAUUACUCCUAAUGGCAGUCGAAACAAACGGAGAAAGCACUGAAAGUUUUGGAAGUGUUUGGAAACACUCGAGUGAAGAAACAAAAGUGGAGCACAAGCUAAGGUGUCGAUUAUCUGUUGAAAACCAUAUGGCAACAGCUACUGCAGAAUUAAUGGAUUCCACCAUAAAGGAAAGCGAAAGUAACCUUCCUGUCAGCACAAUAACACUGGUGAAAACGUUGGAGACACGAGUGGUUUGCCGACAAAAUAUCAUCAUGAUCUUGAUGGCUUUUAUUAUCGUGCUCCAAUUGCUAUCAUUCAUCUGGCAGCAUCGAUAUUUUACAUCAAAUCUUCAAAAAGAUUUCUGCUCCAAAUUCCCAUCUUCUUCAAAUAAUCCUUUCUUUAAUUCCGAACUAUGA